GAGCUUGUGGAUGCGCCUUGCUCGAGAGUUGGACAUAUCUACAGAGGCCCACGAAAUUCAAAGCCUAGCCCCCGAAAUGGGGAUUAUCUACAUAAAAACUACAAACGUGUGGCAGAGGUCUGGAUGGACGAGUACAAAGCAUACCUAUAUGAACACGGACAGGGAGUGUAUGAGGGCAUUGAUCCUGGUGAUUUAACCAAGCAGAAAGCUAUUCGCGAAAAAUUAAACUGUAAAUCUUUUAAAUGGUUUAUGGAGAACGUAGCAUUUGACCUGACUAAGAAGUAUCCGCCAGUAGAGCCAUCUGACUACGCGUAUGGUGCCAUACAAAGCGAGGGAGAGCCGACACUCUGUAUUGACACGUUAGGCAAACCAAGACAUUCAAAAAUUGGACUUUAUCCUUGUGCACCUAAUCUUAAACAGCCACAAAGAAAUCAAAAUUGGGCUUUAAGCUGGCAUAAAGACUUGCGAUUACGUCGCAAAAUGGAUUGCUUAGACGUACAACAACAGCCACCGAAUGCACCUGUAUGGCUGUGGGAUUGCCACGGUCAGGGUGGAAAUCAAUUCUGGUUUUAUGACCGCCAUAAGAAAUGGCUCGUGGCGGGGAAAGACAGUAGUCGUUGCUUGGAAGCUCAGCCAAGCAAGAGAACUAUUUACGUUAACCGAUGCGAUUCGGAAAACCCUUAUAUGAAAUGGAACUUUGGUAACGUCAAUAAUACUGCAUUGGACAUGUUUUCUCAACAGGAACCAAAAAACUUGUAGUCUGAAAAUAAGUCUUAUCUUGCCAUUUUGGAGCCUAAUAUGUAUAAGAAAUACCUUAAAGCUACUUUGAAAUAAAAUUUCCUGCUGUAAAUCAGUCAUAGUGUAAGUUAAAAAAGUUGAUAUGAAUAUUUUACAGUUGCAUAUCUACUCAUUUAUGUGUAAAUAUAAAAAUCUAAUCUAAUUAAUCUCUUACUUAGCCAAUAUUAUAAUACCAACUGUAUAAAAUACGGGUUAGAACUUAAAAAUAAGUACUUAUGAACAUAUAUGAGGCAAUUCACAUCAAAUGUCCCAAGCGCGCUAAGCGGUGCAAAACCAGCUACUUUUCGACUAGCAGGGAAGCAGGCAAAAAAUGGGAAAAAUAAUUCAAAAACUAAGAUUUCUAUAGAUUUUUGUAAGGGCUAUACGAUGGUUCCCAAUUUCAUGGUGAAAAUUCUGAACGAAAAUUUGUUUGUAAUUUUUCUCAGUUAUGGUCAUUUUUAAUAUUGUUUUAGGUUAUUGCAAUCGAAAGAUAGGUCUUUUUUUACCUUCCUUUUAUUAGCUCGGGAUGUAACUAUGUAAUAUUGAUGCGCCUAAAAGAUGCAACGAUUUCUAUUCUCAAGUUACAUACCUGAUGACAGUACGAAUGGCAAUUAUAGCAGGGAGGUUUUAGUUUUUUUAACUAUAUUUUUUUAUUUACAUAGAAAUCAUUAAUAAAAAAGGGACUUUUUGCUAAACGUGCGGGUCAUAAUAAUGUUGUUAUAACUUUGCAACUACUUGAUGUUUAAUUCUGAAACUUUUGCAUAAACUUCCCUAGAUAGUUAUUUAUGAUACUUUGAAAAAAAACCAUCCUCUCAAUUCUCAUAAAAAAGUAUAAAAACCCGUAGUCUUGUGUGUACUGAGUAUUUAGAAGUGAUGUUAAACUUAAAUUCUUUGGAAUAAUUUGUAGUUUAUUGUGUGAAAAUUUCUAAUCGAUCGAUACACAAAUGAGAUAUAGCGGGUUUAAAUGACAAUUUCGUUAAAAUUUGCUAUCACAGAUUGAUGUGUAAAUUCGCGCAAGCAAGCGGAGCCGAAAUGACGCGAGGCAACGCCGCCAACUUGUAUAGCGCGUUGUAAAACGCUUUUCGAAUUAUUUUUCUCGGUUUUUGUCUGCUUUCCAGCUAUUCGAAAAGCAGCUUGUUUUGCACCGCUUAGCGCGCUUGGCACAUUUGACGUGAAUCGCCCCAUAUAUAUAGAUAGCUUGGAAAGUUUGAAAAAUCUUCUUUCCAAGAUUCUUUGUGGACCUUUAGUAUUUAUGUAUGCCUGAGGUGUCAUAAGAACGCACAAUACUUUUUAAAUUUUGACAAUAUAAAAAUACAUUUAUGUAAAUACUUAAA